CGCAAGAGUCACAUGCGCGUUCACAGGCGAAACUUGAGCAAGGAGCAGGAAAAGCUGCAGCCAAAACCUCUUCAGGAUAUGUUGGACCAUCCUAGUGAACAAACUCUGUCACAAGGAGAAAAUAUACAAAAAAAUGGACUAGGUAUAGAAGAUGGUGGGAGCAAGCCACAAGUUGUUCUACAGGAUGGGGCCAAUAAGGGUGGGUGCUGUGGAGGCCAUCACCAAAAACAGGCGAAAACCACUUCAGCGCCAGCAUCUAGGCAGAAAGUGUUUGCAAUUAUUCCGGUGGGGAGUGAUGAGGGAGAGAGUCCUACCAGCCUCACCCUUCAAGAUUUCCUCAAGUCUGAGGCCCUCAAGUGUAACCCAAACAUGAAGGUGCCCUUUGUCAAGGCUACAGAUGACACUACAGUUGGUCGUCUUCUUAGAGAUUCUCAAACAGUGACAUCAUUAUCCCAGGAUGGUGAUGAUAGAGGUCUUCUGGAGAAGAUUACAGCCCAUGCUGACAUCUGCAAGUGUAAUCCAUGUCACUGUGACCCAUCAAGAGGCAAUGAAUGUUCAUGCAAUGCAAUUGAUGACCCAGACUCAUCCCUUGGUAGAAGCACCCCACUACCUGUUGUAGAGAAACGUCCUCCACCUUCACCCAUCUCCACAACACCCACCAAAUUAUCAAGAAUGUCUGAAGAAGUGGACUUAACUUCACAAAGUGAAUCUAUAAAGGACUCCUCAAACAUUCCUUCUUCCAGCAGGGCUUUACAGAGAAACUAUCAGGUAGAAUUAGAGAUAGCUAAAAAAUCAUCUGAAAAUUCUAGAGAGGAACUAAUAACGUCAACCCUACCUGUCUCUGCAUCUAGUUCAAGUAUGCAGGUCGGAUCCUCAGGUGUUACAGUGACGUCAGAAGCUAUGGAUGAUAGCAGACCUCUUGCAACCCCUGAUGAACAAAUCUCCGUGGAAGAAUUUCUUCGAGAGACAGUUGGCCUGAGUUCGCCAACACCACACAGCCAAAAUAGUUUGCGUAGGGUGACACAGACCAAUCUAGAGACCCUUCUGCCAGGAUCAUCAGGGCGCCACAGUUCUGCAUCCACUUUUCCAAGUCUGGCGAACCUGGAUGAUAUGAGCAACCUUGCAUCCCCAUCAAUGGAAGACCUCAUUGUUUCUCCCCUCUCCCAUGGAGCUGUAUUUGGUUCCUCAGAUAAAUGCACGGUUGGAGGCAUUAGUACUUCUGGAGGCUUAGGAAGUGAUAGUGCAUCCAUGGAUAACGCCUUUGAUGUUGAUAUGUCUACCUCUGAUUUGUCAACUGAUUUUCCCUUUUCUUCCCCAAAUAUGAUAGAGGCCUUAUUAACUGAUCAUAUAGGAAGUUUGUCUACUUUAUCAUCCCACAACCAACCUAUAAGUAGCAGUUCAACACAGUCAUUAGUUACUGCUGUCAGUUCAGCUUCUACCACUGUCGUAACAGCUUUAACAACUCCACAAGCCACACAGUCUACACAGCAAACAAGCAUAUCCACUCCUACAGGAGAAAACACAGUUCUAAGAGGCAUCCAGUCAUGUAGAAAAACAAGUUCAGGGUGCUGUAGCAACCAGCAAGUACAAGAUGAAAUACCCAAAGAUUGUAGGCAGUGGGUUCAGGAAAAAAGUUGUUGCUCAUCAAACUCAUCUUCACUUCAGGGCUGUUGCACUCCACCAUCCACUCCUGCAGUGUCCAGCUGCUGUAGACCUACAUGUGAAUCAACAUCUGGAAAUUGGUGUUCUCCAAAGCAAAGUCUUAUAGCAUCACUUACUUGCCCUUCUCAUCUAGAUGCAUCAGCUUCUUGUUCUGGUGAGACAAAUCCUCCGGUGUCAGAUUCUGUCUCAGCUUCCAGAAAACCUUCAUCAUCCAUAAAAAACCCUCUAAAUCAUCAGACCUCUUGUUGCACUGUUUCUAGUUCUCAGAAUGAAUGCCAUGAGAUACCAGGUCCUUCCUCAUGCAACACCCGACACCACCUACAUCCCAUAGGCCAGCAACAUGAGCAUCAUUUGCAUCAGCAGCUCCAUGCUGAGACAGAGCAUCAUCAUCUGCAAAGUGAAGUUGAAGUUAAUCAUCAUCACCAUCACCCAGAAUCCAAACAUAAGCAUCAUCAUGGCAAACUUGAUCAGCCUCACAUCCAUUCAGAACCUAACCAUUCUUCUCAUCAUGGAAAACUAACGCAUCACCAACACCCACAACAGGAUCAUCAGCAUCCACACUUAAAGCUGGAUCAUGUUCCCAGCACCUCAGCAGUGGAACACCAGCAGCAGUCACAGCUGCAGUAUCAUAGCAGCUUUGGAAGUGCUGGUGAAUCACGUUCAGGUGCCAGUAAUGGUUCUGGGUUAGAUAUUGUUCUGAGAAAAGAUGAGGAUGAUUCUUGUUGUGUUGUUAUUUGUACAAAUAAACUCCAAAUGCUAAAAAAUAUGUUAACAAAGUGUGAGUGCACAGAUCAUGAAAGAUCCUCUGGGCCUGUGGACCUCCAAGCACUCAUCAAUGAUGCUCUCAAUGAGUGGGAAACACCAGAAGCAAAUGGAACACAAUCAUUUAACACAACUCAGCAGGACAUGCCCAGCUCGGAACCCUCAAGCACUACUUUAGACUGGUCUUGAGCCAGGUACCAAGCUCAGGGCAUACCAAAUAUUCCUUUACAGUACAUGCUGAAAUUUUAUCUAAACAAGAAAGAGGUGAUAGGUAAGGAAAUGAUGACAGUGAUCAGUCAUCAUCUCAGAUUCAGCACCAACCCAAUAUUUGGUUUAUGAUAUAUAAUAUUUGACAUUUGUCCAAUUUUGCUCACUACAAAGGAGUACUCUAGUUUUCAAUAUUUUGCCCGAAUGAUGAUACAUGAUAUUGCUAAUUUUUUAUUAGUAUUUAUUUUUGUGGCUCUUGCUGUAGUAUAAUAUGGAUAUAUUGAUUACUGUGAUAAUUUAUUUUUGUUCAUUUUCUUGCUUUGAAAUGCCAUGGUUGGAAGUUGAACUUACUGAUAAUUUUCUGUAUGUAUAAUUUAUUAAAGUAUAUUGAUAGUUUCAUACAAAUUAUAUGAAUGCCUAAGAAUAAGAAGUACUUAAAUAUUCUAUAAGAAAAAGCAGUGCAAUUGGUAGAUAUGUAAAUUUAACUGAUUUCUAUUACCACAAAGCUGCAAAAUAUUUUCUUAAAUCUUUUUAUUUCUUUUUUCUUUUAUUUUCCAGAUAUGUCUUUGCCGUGUGUGUGUGUGUGUGUGUGUGUGUGUGUGUGUGUGUGUG